CGAGCAUGUUGGCUCGCGCCUGCCACUCGCGCCGCUAACAACAUGUUUGUGUCGCGCGAGCCGUGCCAAGCUCUCCCGCUACAAUCACUUCUAGUAGUUGGAUCAUGGAGGAAGAAUGCUUGGGUGGUGAAUUGAUUUGCGUCGUAAACAAAACAGAUUCCGAGAAAAGCAUCGCGACGACGAAUGCGGACUUUCAAGAGUGUACGGAGGAGUCGCAGGCCUGGGAUAAGGAGUCGCGGUCGUCGGAUAAGGGGUCGCGGUCCUCGGACAAGGAAUCGCGGUCCUCAGACAAAGAGUCGCUGUCCUCGGAUAAGCAGUCGCGGCGCACAUAUGUGCUAGCGGCCGACAGCGAGAGUGACCCAGCCUCCCCCUCCCCUUCUCCCUCACCCACCCGCGCCCGUCCCGCCCUCCUCUACGAUGCCAUCUCUCUCAGGAGUACAUCCAUUGUUAGCCAGAACAAGAAAUUCACCAUUAACGCCGCGGAGCCCAUUCAAGAGGAACGGUUCGCAGACGCGAAAGACCUGCUACCCAACUGCCAAGUCGUCGAUGAUGACCCGGACGCCUCGCAACUACUUAUAGAAUACUCAUUGCACGCCCAGGAGACCUGUACUCAGACGAGCAAAACUAUACUCGAACUAGCUCAGACAAAUUGCGUAAAAUGUUAUACGGACAGCAAUGUCAUUGAAACACAAACCUCCCGCGUAUCCAUUGUCGAGAACAAAACUAUAGAAUAUAGGAUAGAAGUAACGGGGUCGCAGACGCGAUUCACGAGAAAUGAAAUUCCUUCGAGAGUGAGCGGCCGCGCCGGCGUCCGGCACCCGCUCGUCGGACUCAGCCCCUCGCGAUGCGGCUCCGAUGAUUCCGGCACACUGAGGAUAAUCGACGACGAAUCGGAAACUAAAUCGACAGAGGAAAUUGAACAAUCCGACCUUAGUGACAAUAAUACUUCUAAAUACGAUACUUACUUCACUGAUUCACUCGAAGACGACCACACCCGGCACGAUGACAACAGCGACGCGAGCAUCCCGAAAUCCGUAGACCGAGACGUCGAGGAGCUGUACACAAAUCUAAAAACAAGUUUCGGUUUGCGUUCGUUUGACAGGCCUCAAUUUGAUACGCCUCGGUACGUCGCUCUGUCCACUUUGUCCGAAGAAACGACGAAGGAGAGCUCAGUGUCACGGCGAAACAAUACAAGAACCCAACCGAGAGAAAGCCCACACAGAAAUAGUGUCACAGCGUCUGAGCUGAGGACGAUCCAGCCGUCCACAGAGGGUGAGAGUAAAGAGCAAUGGAGACUGCCUCCUAUCGGCCGGUGCGAGCACGGCGGCAGCCCGGGGCGGCGCCCCCACAGCCCCGCCGCCAGGGCACCAGCGCGUGAUCGCGCCGACACCGCCAGCAACCUGGCAGCUGGGGAACACGCCAAUCUUGCUACGAGGAUUGGAUUCGUGGCUCCCGUGAACCCGCACCGCUUGCCGUCGCUCGUGAAGCGCGCGCCGGCGCCGGCGCCGGCCAGCCGCGGGGACGGCGCGCCCGCCCGCUCGCUGCGCGCCUCCUCCCCCGCUACCAUCAGCAUCGGCGCCAAGAUCCAGCAGCUCAAGAUGCCAACAGCUGACAACAAGCGCCUGCUCCACCAGUUCUCCACCUGGAGCCCGGAGUGCCGCAGCUCGUCGCCGGACAGCGCUCGCUCGCGCUCGGCCGGCGCGGGCGCGGGCGCGGGCGCGGCGGGCGCGGACGUGGCGGCGCGCGGCUGCGACGCGCUGUGCGCCGACGUCAUCGCGCGCCUAAGGCAAGCCUGCAGCAGUUGCGCGCGGAUGACGUUCGAGCAGCAAGUGAGCCGGUACGAGAGCAGCGACACCUGCGGAGCUAAGUGGGCGGCGGCGGCGGAGGUGCUGGAGGAGAUCCCUCGGCUGUUCCGCGGCUUCUGGCCCGCGCUGCCCGAGCGCCGCCUCGCAGACCUGCUGCGACUGGUGACGGCGCAGGUGGAGUCCCCGCGCACGCGCCUGGCGCGCACCGCGUGCGCCGCGCUGGCCGCGCUGCUCAGCCACACCGGCUACACCAAGAGACCGGACUUCGACGAGGCGUUGGCGGCGCUGCUGGGCAAGACGGGCAGCAUGGCGUCGGCGCUGCGCCGCGCCGCCAACCUCGCGCUCGACCAGGUAGUCGCCGCCGCCGCCACCGCGCCCGCGGUCACCUCGCUCUGCCUCUACGGCGCCGAUCACAAGAGCGGGCUGGUGCGGUGCGCGGCGGCGCGGCUGCUGGUGGUGGCGGCGGCGCUGGCGGCGGGCGGGCGCGGCUUGCUGCGCGCGCGGCCGCGCUCCGCCGCCGACGCGCGCCGGCUGGUGCUGCGCUCGCUGGCGGCGCUGCUGGAUGAUCGCAACCAGGACACCAGAAAGUACGCAGAGCGGCUGUACGCGCUGUUGCGGCCGCUACCGGGGUUCGAGGCGUUCUUCCUGGCGGACGUGGACGCGCGCGCCGCCUGCCGGCUCAUGAAGAAGCUGGACCCGCUGCUGGCGGCCGCGCCGCCGCCGCCGCCGCCGCCGCCGCCGCCGCCGCCGCGCCGGUGACCGACCGACCGACCCACGCAAUACAACACAACCAUGUCAUUAUUGUUACUCAAUAUCGGCCUUCGGUGCAUGUUGUGAUAGUUCAGUGUUUUCGUCGAUACAGUUGAUAACGGUGAUAAAUUUAGCUGUGUUUUGAGCAAUAGGAGAAUAACAAAGCAAUUAUACCUCCUGAUAUCGCAAUAGGUUUUGAUAUGGAUUUAUUGUAGGUACCUACAUUUUUUAAAAUUCGUUGGCUAUCUAUGCGUAUGCGUUGGUUGGGUACCUAUCUACUUUCAUUCAUUUUCAUCUCGAUGAUGAAUUAGCGGAUGUUUGUGAAGUGUGAACAUCUUAAUAGUACAGUGUUAAUAUACAUCGAAUGUCUAAUGUAAGGAUUUAUUAAUGUUCCAGUGCAUUCAGAGCUUGAGGUCUUAAGGGGACAUCGGAGAUACGUACAG